CUAGUCAUUCUCACACAUACAUGCCGACGCCGCACGCGCACCUCAGACAUAGUCAACCACUCAGUCGUUCUCGAUGAUUGGGAAUUCUCUCCCCGAGUACAUCUUCAUUCGCGCCAGUAUCGCAUGUCUUCGCCUCGUCGCUCCUCUGAGCGUCGCAUACACGCUAACAAGUCUGUAUGCGGGUGAAAUUCUGUAUUGUCGCUGGCUUGGACUUUAUGCCAUUGCUGAGACAAUCUUCUAUGCCUUCGUAUAUGUCCCCAGAAGCUACUGGUUGCAGAAGGUCAAAACGCGAAAUCUUACAGGACAAUGCACAAACAGUGCAUGCGGUUUCGCGGGCGCGCUAGUUUGAUGAGUGUGUUUUCUAGAGUUCUAACUACCUAUGCAGGCAGCCGUCCAUCCGCCCCCAUUGUCAAAGACAGAGCGCGAAACCCUUUUCCUGCGAUGUGUUGCCCAUAUGGCCGGCACGAACAUGACCACUGGCUGGUUUUUCAACUCCCCAGAAACGUCCAUUAAACGUGAUAAUAUGAAGGAGUGGCUACUAUGGGCGUUAUUCAGUGCUCGCCCUGAUGGAAUGAAGCAAGAAUGGGUGGAAGAGAUAGAGGACUAUUUAACUAGAGUAGAGGAGGCCACGGGGAGCAAGCUCCCGCGAGGCUGUAGCGAGACUGUCAAGUCUAUGCGCACGACAUUGGACCCGGUCGUCACGGUGCACAGGCCGUUGUUCUGGUACCUUAUUGUCUCGAUUGUAGAUACAAUCACGUGUACUCUGCUGCUUCGAGGCGGAUUUAAGCACUUCAACACGAGUUCCAUAAGGUGCUUUCCCCCACGGUGGAUAUCCCUGCUGUCACAGCCGUCUCCUCAAUCCGACCUUGUCUACUGGUAUCGUCCGCACCGCUCCAAAACCAAGCCCCCGGUGCUGUUCUUGCAUGGAAUUGGGAUUGGCUUGUGGCCAUAUGUGACAUUCCUUCGUGAGAUCGCGGCCGAAGACCCAGAGGUCGGAAUCAUGGCCAUUGAAAACCUCGCCGUCAGCAUGCACAUCACCUACCCGCCCCUCCACCGUCCCGCCAUGCUUUCCGCGCUCACGCGCGUCCUCGACCACCACGGCCUACCUACCUUCAUCCUUGCCGCCCACUCUUACGGUACCGUCCUCGCGGCCCACAUUCUGCGCGACGCCCCGCUCGCUGCGCGCGUAGCAUCCACGCUGCUCGUCGAUCCGAUCCCGUUUCUGCUAUACUUGCCCGCGGUAGCGUACAACUUUGUAUAUCGCGAGCCGCGCACUGCAAAUGAGUGGCAGCUGUGGUAUUUCGCGAGCCGCGACCCGGAUAUCGCGCGUGCACUUUCGCGGCACUUCUUCUGGUUCGAGAACAUGCUGUGGAAGGACGACCUGGACGGGCGCUCUUGCGCGAUCGUGCUGUGCGGGCGCGACCAGAUCGUCGAUGCCAAGCAAGUCAGGCGCUAUCUGACCGGGACGGACGAGACCACGUUCAGGUGGGAGAAGGAUGGCUUAGAGGUGCUGUACUACCCGGACCUUGAUCACUCGCAGCAGUUCGACUAUCCCGAUCGUAGACAGCCCAUGGUGAAGAUCAUAUCUCGCUUUUUACACGAAGGUUAUGAUGGCAGGAAGAUAUAA